AUGAGCUACCCAGGUGAUAAUCCCGGGAACAGACAACACUACAAUAGCUACCGAAGCUCCUCGUCUCGUGGGAGAUCUUCUAGAGGUAGCCGUGGUGGCUACAGCUCUACACGGUAUCAGUACAAUGGUGGUGGCUACGAAGAAAACGCGGGGCGGUUUGGGGGCUCCGCCAACAAGUACCGUGGCAAUUAUCGUGGCGAUUACUACGUUCCGCAGCGGUCGAACCAAGGCGUGAACAACAGAGGAAGCUAUGCAGAGUCGUCUUCGCGGUAUGAGAAAAGAGCCAGUUCGUCAUCGCUUCAUGAAACGCGGCCGUCACCUCAACCGCACGCAGAGCGCCCUCACGAAACUCUGGCUGCUGAAACCACCAGUCAGUUCAACACUCCCCAGAAAACACAUGUCACGGACUUUCCCUCCUACUUUCUAACCGGUUUGAACGAAUACACAAAUGAUGAGCAGGAACGGUCAAAGAUUCGAUCACUUCUGCGAGGGGAUGAAGAAAUCGAUGCAAAACUAGAAGAGCAGAAAUUACAGCUAUGCAAGAGCGAAUUGGAACUCGGGCUGCUAAGCACUCAGUCAGAGAAGGAUGCUUUGAACGUUCAACUGACUCAAGAAAACUUGGAUGCCAUCCUGCUAAUGCAGUAA